GCCGGACUGGGAGUGGGGCUGGGCCGGGAACGGGGCCGGGAACGGGGCCGGGCCGCUCCGCCCCGCUCCGCCCCCGGGCCCGCCCGUCCCGCCAUGGCGGCGGCCUUCACCGCCCUCCGUGUCCUGCUUGGGCUCUUCUUCUUCCUCACGGGCGCCCUGAAGGUCUCGGACUGGCUCUCUGCCGACCUGCACCGGCACAUGGCAUCGGAGUUCGUGCGCUUUGCCAAGGUGUUUCCCCUGAAGGACCUGGGCUUUGUGCCGGAGCCGGGCAGGUACCUGGUGGCCGUGGGCUGGGUGGAGGUGACAGCUGGGCUGUUGCUGGCAUUUGGGCCCCAGCUGCUGCAGGAGAUCAGCAACUUCAUCCUCAGCGUCGUCAUGAUCGGUGCCAUCUACACGCUGCUGGCGCUGCAGGAGCCGCUGGCCAUGUGUGCCCCGGCCACCCUCUCCCUCGGCCUCCUCCUGCUGCUCAACAUCCGUGGGUACCCAGCUGCCCCCCGGCCCAAGUUCGAGUGACGAGAGGCGGGAAAGACAGACGGAAGGACAGACGGAAGGACAGGCUGCUGGGGAGCAACACCUUUAUGGUAUUUUCAGGGGCAACGUCGCGUCCUGCAGGGUAACUUGCUGAUGAGACACAGUGUGUCCUCUCCUGCCUCUGCCAGUGACUCUGGUGCUGGUUGUCCCCGUGCUGUGGGACCUGAGCUGUCCCCACACUGUGGGACGGUGGCCAUGGCACUGCUGUGACACUGCCGUGGCACUGCUCUGGCAGCUCCACUGCUGAACUCGCACAAGGUGUCCGGCUCUUUCCAGAGUUUGGCCACACUAAGCAGGGGCUGGCUCUGCUCUCUUGGGGGGCUUUCAAAUUUUGGAAUAAAACCUCUUGUUUUUCAUG